UAUUAUCAUUUCCAUUUUCAAAUAAAUCUCUCUCCUACAGUUCAUAUAAAUCAGGCUAUUUACUCCAGAUCCGACGACGGGGAACUAGAAAGAAUCAUCAAAACGAGGAGAUUUCAGGUCUUGUCUCUUGUUCCAGACUUCAAAUGUCCGUUGGCGAGAGAGUUAUAGUCAAAGAUUUCGCUCUAAUUGUGAUUUUAAUCGAAGUGUGCGAUUGAUUCAAGUACAAACAGCAACCUAAUUUCAGUUUUCUGAGAUGGGUGUUGAAAAUUACCACGUGAUUGAGCUCGUUGGUGAAGGAUCUUUUGGUAAGGUGUAUAAAGGGAGGAGGAAGUUCACUGGACAGACUGUUGCUAUGAAGUUUAUUCUCAAGCAUGGGAAAAGUGAGAAAGACAUUCACAAUUUAAGACAGGAAAUUGAGAUUUUGAGGAAGUUGCAGCAUGAAAACAUCAUUGAAAUGCUGGAUUCUUUUGAAAGUGCAACCGAAUUUUGUGUUGUGACUGAAUUUGCUCAAGGCGAACUAUUUGAAAUUCUUGAAGAUGAUAAAUGCCUUCCUGAAGAACAAGUUCAGGCUAUUGCAAAGCAGCUGGUUAGAGCACUACAUUAUCUGCACUCCAACAGAAUAAUACAUCGUGACAUGAAGCCACAAAAUAUUCUCAUUGGUGCUGGCUCUGUUGUAAAGCUUUGUGAUUUUGGAUUUGCAAGGGCAAUGUCUGCCAAUACUGUGGUUCUAAGAUCAAUAAAAGGCACUCCUCUAUACAUGGCCCCAGAGUUGGUCAGGGAACAACCUUACAAUCACACUGCAGAUUUGUGGUCACUUGGUGUCAUCCUGUAUGAACUCUUUGUUGGCCAACCACCAUUUUAUACAAACUCAGUCUAUGCUCUCAUUCGGCAUAUCAUUAAGGAUCCAGUUAAAUAUCCAGAUAACAUGAGCCAUGAAUUCAAGAGUUUUCUCAAAGGAUUGCUUAAUAAGGUACCACAAAAUAGAUUAACUUGGCCUGCUCUUCUGGAACAUCCUUUUGUUAAGGAAACUCCAAAGGAAGUUCAACCUAUGGAAAUUCGAUGUGCAAGUUCUGUUGCAAAAGAUUGCAGCCAGAAGGAAGAAGUAAAUCAUCACCUGCGAGAUGGAUUCGGUGGAGCAACUCCUGAGAGUAAACCCCAAUCUAUGAUGAAUUGUGACAAGGUUGGCAAUGUAAACAUUCAAAGUGAUCUACAAUCGAACAAACCCACACAUAUGGAGGAUUUCCCAGGAUUUAAUGUGCCAAGUAAUCAUGAGCUGUCAGAACACCAGGUUUUAGAUAAACUGGAAAACAAUUCGCGGACUGUCAAGGGAGCAAAACUAAUUGGCCGCGAUAAUGAUGCAUUGUCCAGAAUCUUGCUACCACUAAAGAACUGCUUAGAAAGAUCUCAAACUUCUGGAAGGGAUCAAGAGAUGCAGAGUGUGGCACAAUGCCUACAAAUUCUUUCAAACCUGGUAGCAACUGGUUCCAUUGAUUCUCGGGGAAUUCUUGACGAAGUACUACAAGUACUUUUCAGCUUUAUUGCGGACUUAAUAAAACAAGGGGGUUCUGAUGGAAAUGAUAUAAUAGCAAAGAGUUUCUUAAUCAUAAGAAAUCUACAAGACCAUUAUUCUGGCCCAGUUGGGAACCAGUAUUUCACACAUUGGGUUGCUCUGAUAGAAUUAUAUUUGCAGGUUCAAACUGUUGAUGAUUCUUCUGGAAAAGUUCUGUAUGAGUCCAGUGCUUGUGUUGCAGUUUUUCUAUCUCAUGUAGCUCAGGGUCUUAAAGCUCAAACCGUGAAUGAAACUCUAAAACAAAUAUUACAUCAUGCUAAAGCAUCUGAUGUUGGAGACCUUUUGUGCAAGUGUCUGUCAACUUCAGGCUCACAUCUGAUAUCAGGCUCUUCACAUUUGAUACGUGCUGUUUCUGAAGCUUGUAGGGCCCUUUGUUCACUAAUGGAAGCAUUUGAAGUUCUUUCCAUGCACAACAACCCUCGUGUGUUUCCAUUACAUUCCUUCCGUAGCCAUAACUUGCAGCGACUUGAGAUUAAGGACCGUGAUCAAAGUUCAUUUGCUGGCACAGAACUGGAAAGAAUUAUUGAUGCUGUAACAAAUGCGUUCCUCAGAUCUAAACCCAUACAGGUUGCUAUUUACUACUGCUUGCGUCAGCGUCUUGAGGCUAGCAUAUCUUCAUGUACCCAGAUGUUGUUGAGAUUAUGCUUGCGAAGUGGAUUUGUCUCCAAUGCUCUCUGUGGCAUACCCAGUUCUUUACCACUUACAACAAUUGUUAGUGGAGGAGGAGACGGUACAAUCAUUUCAGAAGUCUUCUCCAUACUAUCAUUAUGCGCCUCCUCAAAUAAGGAUUUACCAACAGAAGCCAAUGGCGCCAAAUACAAAUUUUCUAAUACCCCUUUCCUGGUUUUGCAUUCAUGCCUUUUACUAGCUACUGUUGCCCAAUCUUUAAAGUCAUCUGGAAGGAGGUCUUCUUUCUUCAUGCUUACAACUUCAUCUAAAAAGCAGCAAUCUAGACUCUCUGUCCUAGCUCAUUAUUUUGUUUCUGACGAAAAGACACGAACAUCUUUUCUAACUCAUUGUGCUUCUGCCAUGUUAGCUUUUUCUUCCAUCAUCUCCCUUGAAAAUGGUGUUACUAAUGACUCUUCCGUCUCCGAAAUAGCUGCGCCUUUGAUCCCUCGAACUGCUACUUUAUGUGACCACCUCAAGAUUCAUCCUAGUGCUGAAAAUGGAGCAUUAUCUCUUUGGCAUGGUAUAAAAGAUGGGUGUGUUGGCUUAAUAGAGGCUAAAUUAAAGUGGGGAGGUCCAUUAGCUGUUCAGCAAUUGUGUGCAAGUGGUAUUCCUCAGCUUUUGAUUGAUAUGUUGUCAAACAAUCCCCUCACAGGUUCUUCGCAAAAGAUUGACUCAUCAGAGAUCCAUAGUGGUCUAUCACCAGUAGGGGUUGUAUGGACGGUUAUUGCAUCCUGUCAAUGUCUUUCAGGUGGAACUUCAACAUUUCGACAAAUGUUGAUUAAAAGUGAAAAUAUCAAAUUCAUAUCAGAUUUGAUAUCUGAUCCACACCUUAAGCUCUUAAAAGGCUGGACUGGUCCUGAAGGUGGGAAGGAUGGGAUCAGAGAUAUAGUUAAUGCAGUUAUAGAUCUUCUUGCAUUUCCUUUCGUGGCUGUACAGAGUGCACCAGGCUUGCCAUCUGCUACUGCUUCAGUCAACAGUGGGAUCCUUCUGAAUAUGGGUUCUGGUGGGAGAAUUUGUUUGGAAGAUAAGGAUAUGGUUAAAGCAAUUGAAGCAAGCAUGGGAAAGUAUAUUCAGAUCCUUUUGGAGGUGGGAAUUCCUGGUAUUAUUCUUCAUUGCAUGGAAUACAUGGAAUUAAAGGAUGUAGCAAGGCCGGUUGCCUUUCUCGCUAAAAUGACAGGACAUCGGCCUCUGGCAAUACAACUUUUGAGAAAGGGCUUGUUGGAUCCAGAAAGAUUGAAGAGGCUGCUCAAUAGCUCAAGUCCAAGAGAGGUCAUAAUGGAUAUUCUCAUGAUAGUUUCUGACCUAGCUAGAAUGGAUAAGGUAUUCUAUGAGUACAUCGAUAGAGCUAAUAUAUUGGAGUCCUUAAAAGAUUUUCUUACCAAUGAAGAUCCAAACAUCCGUGCAAAAGCAUGCAGUGCUGUUGGUAAUAUGUGCAGGCAUAGUUCUUACUUUUACAGUGCAUUGGCGGAACAUCGGAUCAUUAGUCUUAUGGUUGAUCUUUGUGCCGACUCUGACAAACGUACACGGAAAUUUGCUUGUUUUGCUAUUGGAAAUGCUGCUUAUCAUAAUGACUUAUUGUAUGAUGAGCUAAGGAGAUGUAUCCCUCAACUUGCCAAGUUGCUAAGAACUGAAGAGGAGGAUAAAACAAAGUCAAAUGCAGCUGGUGCUUUAAGUAAUCUUGUCCGAAACUCAAAUAAGCUUUCUGAAGACGUAGUCUCCAAAGGAGCCAUAAAGGCAUUGCUUCAACUGGUGGCCGAGUGUUCAGGGGCAGCAUUAAAUCCAGCUAGAAAGGACGCCAUAACCGAGUCACCAAUCAAGAUUGCACUUUUCUCAUUGGGUAAAAUGUGUGCCCAUGCACCAUGCAGAGAAUUUCUACGAUCAUCGGAAAUGUUUCCAGUCAUAGGAAGACUACGUCAAUCCCCAGAACCAUCAAUCGCCAAUUAUGCUACUGCCAUUUUAAGCAAAAUUUCUGGAGGAGGAGGAACUUGAAGUAACAUCCAAAAGUUGCAUACUUAAGUAAUUUGAGGGAGGCUGUAGUUUGUAAGUGUAGGUAUGUGUGUUUUCUGUAUAUGGAAAAUGAGUAACACUUGAAAAAUUCAUGUGAUGAUAAUGUGAAAACUAUUGUUGGGAACUUUAUAAAAGAAAAGGAACAGCAUUUCAAUAUAAGAUGCUGCUGCUUAUUUUCU